UAGCAAAUCAGUGAUCAACGGAUUUCUCCAGGAUGAAGAUCAAGCAUAUCAUGAGAGUGGCCUUGAUUCGUCUAAUGGUGCUCAGUAGCAUUGUCAAUCAAGUUGUAGUUGGGAAGUUAACCAGCCUUGGGGAGCGAUUGCCUUUGAUUCACGUGGAACAUAUUCGGUUUUGUGUUUGGGUCCAGCAUCAUUAUGCCGAAGAUAUCGCUCAUCUCCUGUGGGAUUCCAUUCCCAGGAUCAUCUCCGACCGGCAAAUGCCAUCAAGGUGUGCCAUUGGACUGAUCAAUGCCAAAAAUGACAAGGCCCUCCAAAUCUCCAAGAGACUCAUUUUUGAUCCAUCAAAGACCUUGAUCUUUUUGACGCGUGACCUGGAACAAGUUCCUUCUUUCGUGUUCGAGAGGAAUAUUCACUCGAUAUUUAUCAAAGCACAAAAUCAAUCCUCCUUUACGUUUGCUUCGCCAUUGCAUCGUGACCUGGCUCCCUACAAUCCAGCACGCAUCAAGUCCCUAAAGAUGACCCGAUUCGUGAACAAGAAAAUAAAGGCCGUCACUUUUGACUUGCCACCUCAGUCCAUGCUGAACUUUGACACUGGGGUCCAUCGAGGGUUCGAGUAUCGGAUAGCUGCGGGUGUAAGCAGCGCGGUUGGCCUCUCUUUGGAAGUGUAUGCACCUGAAGAUGGAGCAUGGUGGGGACACGAAACCCCUCCCGGUAGCGGAAAUUAUACCGGUCUCUUGGGCGAGUUUGUGACAGGAUCCGCCGAUAUAGGCUGGGCCAAUCUGUUCUAUGAUCAUCAACGGACGCGGUAUAUGUCCUUCACCGAUUGGUACUUGAGCGAUCAAGCGUGCUUUCUGGUGCCUAAACCGAAACCCUAUCCCAAAAUUCUGGCACUUGUUUGGCCUUUUGACCGAUUCACAUGGCUUUGUACCAUCUUUUCCGUGGUGAUCAUUUCCAUCGUGGUUUUUGUGUGCCUUAAAUCGAAUUCAGUUUGUGAAGCCUCGGCGAGGAAUUCCAGCUGGGGGAUGCUUAUUCUGUCGAUUGUUUUUAAACAAUCAGAUUUAACCGUGGCCAGGAUUCAACACUUGGGCAUUCGAUUGCUCACGAUGACCUUGAUUGUGGGGAUGUUGCUAUUGGGUACCAGUUAUGGUGCUGGUUUGAUCUCGUUUCUUUCUAUCAAUGUUCAUCCGGAAUUUCCUCGCACUCUUGAUGCCUUGAACAACUACAUAACCACGCGGAAUUUGGAGGUUUCGUUUUGUUGUGAUAGCAUGAUUGAUGCCAUUCGAGACCGACAGGAUUCUAACGUUAUCAAGCAAAAGGGGAAGAAAGAAUACAAUUAUUCCGAUCCCUACCGAAAUGUUAGCAAAGGGACGCACGUGAUUCCCCAAAGUAGACAAAUGUUGAACUUUGGAAUCCGAACAGGACUCUCAAAUAAAUUGGGUCAAACGAAUGUCUUCAUUUUGGACGAAUGUUUUCUCUCGUUACCCAUUGCCCUUGGAUUGAAGAAAAGAAGUCCCAUCAAGCCAAUGUUGGACUUUAAGCUGAAACAACUAAGCGAGGCCGGACUCCUGCGAAAAUGGAUCCAAGAUGAAAUCAGUUCGUUUGGAAAGCUGGACAAACGAUCUGUGAAUGGAGCCAGAGCGUUGGAAUCAUUAACUUUGUUCGAUAUGCAGGGACCUUUCAUUGUCUACGGAUUUGCCAUCGGGAUUUCCGGGGUCAUUUUUCUUUUUGAAAUCGUAUUCAAACAUAGAGUAAAAUCUUGACUUCGCAGAUGAAGUUGGCUAGUGUCACUAUUUUGGAUGGAUCAAUUUUCGAAUGUUUUAUGCAAUUGAACACGUCUCUUGAACUUAUCGUUUUUUUCAACAACAUAUGAAUUAUAUUAUCAUCGUCUAAGUAAGUUCAAGCUAAGGGAUUUGCUGGAGUAUGGUCGGUGGUCUGAGUCAGAAUGAUUGAAGGCUGCAGACAUAUGCUGCAAAUAGGCAUGAUGUACAGUAGGCUAGUACAGAACCGGUAAAUUGUGUUUUCUUCACAAACGCGUGAUGU